AUGUUCCCGCGCCUAAACACUGACGCGAAUAUCACCCACAACAGCGCGAUGGUCGCUGGCGUAGACGCCGUUCACGAUAUUGUCGAAAACAGAAUACUUGUCGGCGUUCCACACUACUCUUUUGGAGAGCUCCUCGAAGAAACCAUCAGCGGCGAGAGUCUCGUACGCCUCACCGCCGGGCGGACAGUUGAAAUCACCAGUGAGGGAGACGCCGAGAGGACCCCAGAUACUUUGGAGAUGGCGAAUCCGGGAGGUGAUGAACUUGACACCCUGCGCACGCGCGACGGGGCCCUCGUUGUCGAGGUGGGUGUUGGCGGCGAUCCAGCGCACGCCCGUCUCCUUGUGUUCGAAGACGGCAAUGGUGGAGAUGCGGGUGUAGGCGGCAUCCCAGCCCUUGAGGGCCGGUCGGACGUCUCGGACAGCCACGACGCGCAACAGGUCAACGGGGUACAGGAUGGGGCAGUACUCUCCGGAUUCGAAGCCGUCGUCGCGCGCGACGCCGACGUGGGCCCACGAGGGGCCGAGACCGGCCUUGAUGUCAAGGAGCUGGUCGUGGAGGACUUCCUGCAUGCCGAUGAUGGUGACGGCACCAGGCGGAGCGCUAGCGGCGAUGUCUUUACCACGCCCACGAGGAGCGGGGACCGGACGGCCCAGGAUUCUUCGCCCGGGCCGGUCACGCGGACGGCCUGGCGGAUGUUGUAG